CGCUUAUUUGACAGGCGUCCUCAGCUACCCGCGUAGCUGUAACUGGCAGCCAAACUGUAGACAUGUGUGGAAUCUUUGCUUAUCUCAACUACCAUGUGCCAAGGAAUCGCCGGGAUAUCCUUGAGAUCCUCCUCAAAGGUCUGCGCCGUCUGGAGUACAGAGGCUACGACUCAGCUGGUGUGGGCAUUGAUGGUGGCAAUGGCAAAGACUGGGAGUCGAAUGCCAAAACCAUCCAUCUGAUCAAGCAACGUGGAAAAGUGAAGGCUCUUGAUGAGGAGAUCAACAAGCAGCAGGAUAUUGACCUGGAUGUGGAGUUUGAUGUUCACCUCGGUAUUGCUCACACCCGCUGGGCCACCCACGGUGUACCCAGCCCAGUUAAUAGCCAUCCACAUAGAUCUGACAAGAACAAUGAGUUUAUUGUCAUUCACAAUGGAAUUAUCACCAACUACAAAGACCUGAAGAAAUUCCUGGAGAGCAAAGGCUACGAGUUUGAGUCAGAGACUGACACAGAGACCAUCGCCAAGCUGGUGAAGUACAUGUUUGACAACAGGGAGAGUGAUGACAUCAGUUUCGCCACACUGGUGGAGCGGGUGACCCAGCAGCUGGAGGGAGCUUUUGCCCUUGUCUUCAAGAGUAUCCACUACCCCGGAGAGGCAGUUGGCACAAGGAGGGGGAGUCCCUUGCUGAUUGGAGUGAGGAGUGAUCACAAGCUGUCCACUGAUCAUAUUCCUGUGCUCUACCGCUCCUCUGCUAAAGACAAGAAGGGCUGCAGUACCCUACCUAGGAUGGAUCAGGACACCUGCCUGUUCCCUGUGGAUGAAAAAGCUGUGGAGUACUACUUUGCUUCUGAUGCAAGUGCAGUAAUUGAGCAUACAAACCGAGUGAUCUUCCUGGAGGACGAUGAUGUGGCUGCUGUCUGUGACGGCCGGCUGUCCAUCCACAGGAUAAAGCGUAGGGCCGGAGACUAUCCAGCCCGCGCCAUCCAGACCCUGCAGAUGGAGCUACAGCAGAUCAUGAAGGGCAACUACAGCUCCUUCAUGCAGAAGGAGAUCUUUGAGCAGCCAGAGUCUGUGGUCAACACCAUGAGGGGGAGAAUCAACUUCGACAACAACACAGUGACACUGGGUGGACUGAAGGACCACAUCAAGGAGAUCCAGAGGUGUCGGCGACUUAUCCUUAUUGCCUGCGGCACCAGCUACCAUGCUGGGGUAGCGACCCGCCAGGUCCUGGAGGAGCUCACCGAGCUGCCUGUCAUGGUGGAGCUGGCCAGUGACUUCCUGGACAGGAACACUCCCGUCUUCCGAGACGAUGUCUGCUUCUUCAUCAGCCAGUCAGGCGAGACUGCUGACAGCCUCAUGGCCCUGCGCUACUGUAAGGAGAGAGGAGCUCUGACUGUGGGCGUCACCAACACAGUGGGCAGCUCCAUCUCCAGGGAGACAGACUGUGGAGUCCACAUCAACGCCGGGCCUGAGAUUGGUGUAGCCAGCACCAAGGCUUACACCAGCCAGUUUGUGGCCCUGAUCAUGUUUGCACUCUUGAUGUGCGAUGACAGGAUUUCCAUGCAGCCCAGGCGCCGAGAGAUAAUCCAGGGUCUGAGAGUGCUACCAGAUCUGAUUAAGGAGGUCCUCAGUUUGGAUGAUGAGAUCCAGAAGUUGGCGCAAGAGCUGUACCAGCAGAAGAGUGUACUGAUCAUGGGCAGAGGCUACCAUUACGCUACCUGCCUGGAAGGAGCUCUGAAAAUCAAGGAGAUCACGUACAUGCAUUCAGAGGGCAUCCUGGCUGGAGAGCUGAAACAUGGCCCCCUGGCUCUGGUGGAUAAACUCAUGCCAGUCAUCAUGAUCAUCAUGAGAGAUCACACCUACAUCAAAUGUCAGAACGCCUUGCAGCAAAUUGUCGCCCGCCAGGGCCGCCCCAUUGUGAUCUGUGACAAAGAUGAUUACGAGACAGUCAAGAACUCCAGCCGCACCAUCAAAGUGCCUCACUGUGUGGACUGCCUGCAGGGCAUUCUGAGCGUCAUCCCGCUGCAGCUGCUGUCCUUCCACCUGGCUGUUCUCCGAGGUUACGACGUGGACUGUCCAAGAAACCUCGCCAAGUCUGUUACCGUCGAGUGAACAACGUCAUUCAUCACAUAACAACAAAAGCCUGGCGGACGCACAUUCAAACGCGUACAGACGGGGGGGAGCGUCUGUAUGCACAAACAAAGAGAAGACAAUGUCCCGUUUAUGUGUCUCAUAUCACGGCCCCUUUUUAAAUGCAAUCUUUUACUCAACAGUUCUGUAUCUCACUGUUGCAUAUUAUCUGUAUCUCACUGUUUAUUUUCUCAGAAACCUUUUGGCAUCGUAAUUUUGUUAGAAGUUGUCGUGUCCGUGGUGGCGAGGUCUGGACUGGCACUGACAUAUCUUCCAUUACUCUGGGUUUGAGAAGCCGUAGCAACUGACAGUGACUAUUUAGGGUUUUUUCAUAUUUAUGCUCAAAACUUGUUUAUUUUUGCUGAUUAGUCUCACUGGGAGCAUCUUGGAGCUGCUGUUAGAGCAUUGACUGACAGGAGUUGGGUUUUAAAGACCUCACUGGCUUUUUUUUUUUCUUCAGUGCAAUGAUUUAUAGUUUAGUUUGGAUAUUUUUCUUUGGCAGCUAAUUAUAUGAAGUGUCUUUACUUUGGUUGAAGUAAAUGAUCGUCUUAAAUCAUUCCAAGCCACAGGUCAUCGCUUCUUUAUAAUUGCAGCGCAGUUUGCCAGUUUUGACUCAGUUUUCUGUCUUGGACUUUCUUCUGAAGGACACAUAACUUGCCGCAGGAGCAAGAUCACAUGUUAGAUCACAAGAUCACAGAGGAUUUUGUGAAUACACUGCUGUGUCAAAUCUUAUAGAGUAGGUUACAAAAGCUUGUUACUGUGCAUAAAUGUAGUGAUUUUAAACUCUGGUCUUGGUGGGCCUCGUACGGCAGUGUGAGAUUUCUUUAGUUGCCAUUCACCGUUUCUGCUUUUACCGUUCUCGGUACAGUAUACUCUUAACACUAUGUGUGCACAUUUAGUGUUUGUUGUUCUAUUAACCUCUGUUGCCUCUCUGCUCAAAAGAGGGAUCUUUUUUGCUGCUUUAAGGUCUCCAGUUUACAUUUAAACUCUAAACUGAAGUAAUUCAAGUGAGAUGAAGUUACUAACCUGAAAUAGACGUUGCACCCCGUUGCCAGCCCACACCUUGCCACCACGACUACUGCAAUAUUGGGACCAUUUGUAGCUAUUCUUUCUGUUACUUUUGUUAUAUUUAAUUUUUUUUAAAAGGAAUUUUAUAUUAUUGAAGUUACACUUUGAUUUGAAAUGUGAACUGUCAUUUGAAAUGUCCUGUCAAACCAAAAAUCUCUACAAUGGCGUUGACAGUUGUAAACCAAAACAUAUAUAUUUUAUAUGUUAAUCCUAUACUGUAGCCACACAUGUACUGAUGCUGGUAGAUUAUGUGGUAUGAAGAUGUUUCAAGGCCUAAAGGGGGCACAUACACAGUCUCAAGGCAGUGUGUCAUACUGUAGAUGUUUAUUUAGAUAGAAAGUCAGAUGCCAGCUGUGUGUGUGUGAUUCCGAAUGUCUUUGUUUCAAAUGCCAAGGAAAGAUUGUUGUACACACGCAAUUGUGUAGUGAAGGAAUAGGAGCUGCUUGUUUUCUUUUAAGUCCAUCACAUAUUUUAGGUUUGAAAAUAUUUAUCUUGCUUUUGCAAUCAAGCCUUAACUUUUUGCAUUUCUUUUCCCCUCAACAUCGAGCUUCUCCUGAGCCAGUGAAAGGGUUUGAAAACUGGAUGAUGUUGUUAAAUGUACUUUUUUUAACCCACUUACUGUACAUGCUGUAAGCAGAUUCAAAUUUCUUGACUGGAGGCAUCGAAAAAAGGGCACUGCACUGAAUCCUAGCAACAUCUGUUGGUUUACUGAGGGAGUGGGGCACUAUUUAUUAGUGGAACCGAUGCAAUAAAGUGUCAAGUACUUCCCUUUU